AUGACUUUAAUACACAGAAAUUUUGGCAUUGCUAAGGAUCUACUUGACAAAACGGAUAUAAAUCAAAAAUUUAUGCUUUGUGUUACAAAAAAAUGGAAUGAACGAUUUUUGUUGGAAAUAUGA